AUGUCCAAGCAACUCGCCACGACGGGCGGAGACUUGACUCCGCCGCCCCUGUCAUACGGAGACCCGGGCUCGCGCCAUGUGACGGCGCACCUCCUAGCUCUCUUAUAUAUCGAACUGCGGGACAUGUUCGAAUGGGUACCGACGGAUGAGAUAUUCAAAGCCAUUGCACAAUCCGCGACGACUGACUAUAAGGUGACCCGGGACCUGGCGAUCGCGCGUUUGAAGUCCUUGCCGUCUGAUAAUCGCGAGAUAAUCCGAGCAAAAGUCCGAUUAUGUGGGCUAGUGAAACGCCCUAUUAUCGAGUCGAUCUGA